AUGAACACCUGGAUUAACUUUCCAGUGACUCUGGCAUUCCUGAUAGUUGUGUCUAAGCAGAUGGGAAGCUAUGGGCAGGAGACAGAAGACUCCUGCUGUGCACAGCUAAAAGGCUUAUCCCAGUGUGGAGCAGACAAAGUCUUCCUCCAGGGCCAGCCAGGCAUACCAGGAAUGCCAGGAGUGCCAGGAACCAAUGGAUUGCCUGGAGCUAAGGGUGAUGCAGGCCCUCAGGGCCCCCCAGGUGAGAAAGGAUCUGCUGGAGUAACUGGGAAAGCUGGACCUAAGGGAGAGAAAGGAGACAAGGGAGAUGCAAUCAGUUGUGCCAGCUGCCAGCAGCAAGAGACCAGAGCCGGAAACUGCAAAGAGCUUUUAGAACUUGGAGAGACAUUGAAUGGCUGGUACACUGUCUAUCCAGUGCCAGGGAAAGCAAUUACUGUCUUCUGUGACAUGGAGACUGAUGGAGGAGGAUGGCUGGUAUUCCAGAGGCGGCAGGAUGGAUCAGUGAAUUUCUAUCGUGACUGGCAAUCCUACAAGAAAGGAUUUGGGAAGCAAGCAUCAGAAUUCUGGCUGGGCAAUGAUAAAAUCCAUCUUCUCACAAAGUCUGGAGUACAGCAGCUACGAAUUGAUACCAGAGACUUCAAUGACACUAACACUUAUGCUGCGUAUACCAGUUUCCAAAUCUUGAGUGAGGAGGAAAACUACCGACUACAAGUAGGAUCAUAUAUAGGAGGUGACAUGGGUGAUUCCUUUUCAUCACAUAAUGGCCUGAACUUCUCUACACUGGACAAGGAUAAUGAUGUCUAUGACCAAGGAAGCUGUGCUGUGUCCUACAAGGGUGGCUGGUGGUAUGGUGUCUGCCACUCUUCCAACCUGAAUGGCUUGUACCUCGGGGGCAAACACACUUCUUAUGCUAAUGGCAUCAACUGGGCUGCUGGAAAAGGGCACCAUUAUUCUUACAAAUAUGCGGAUAUGAAAAUUAGGCCACAGUAACUGGAGCUAACCCUUUAAGCUCUGUGUGGAUCUGCUAUGGAUCUGCUCCAUAGAUUUACUAGCACAUGAACUUCCAUCAGAACUCUCAGCUUGACAAAGCAAUCUCUGAAUGCAGGCACUUGCAGAUUUGAUGAUCCUCAAUGGUUCCUUUCCUGCCGACUAUGCAUGAAGAGGUUCCCGUGACUUCAAAGAGAAUUGGCCGGAGAGUCUUUGUUUUGGGGCAUGUUCGGCAUUAUUAACCACUGCCCUGUUUGCAGCAGGGCAGGCAUUACGCAUCAGCUGGCUUUUUGCUUGCAUGAGGAGGAGGAUGUUUCACAGAUUUCUCUGUUGCAUAGGCGUGCUUUAAUUUUUAACAUAAUCUUUAAUUUUCAUCUUUAGUCUUAUCAAUAGAUCGAUAUAUCAGUCUAUCAUUCCAUUGAUAGAUCAUUAUAUCGACAUAAAAAAGGUGAACUAUUAAAGUCUUGAAUAUGGCAUCUGCACACUUUGCCUAAAGACAGAUUGUCUUUUAUGGUGGGAAGUGAGGGUGGAGUGCAAACUGCAAAACUACAAAACGACAACGUGAACAGCCGCUUGCUAAGCUCCCCAGGUUCACUAUCAUCUGUCUCCCAAUGUGCUGUAAACCGUCAAUGUGCUGUAAACUGAUGGGCUUAUCCUGCUGUGGUUUAGAGUCACUGAUUGCUUGUGUAUAAAACUACAAGGCUGGAAACAUCCCAGUUUGUUGAUCAAAUGCAGGGACAAAUCUGGUGUUUGUACUGAUCAAUUAGUCUUAUUAUUUUUACAUUUUAAAGUGUUAGUAUUGAUUUACUGAUCUAUGGAUAUGGUUAUUUUUAAUCUAAAGAUAUGCAGGAACGGGGAGGCCAUGGGCAAUAGAAAUUAUAUGGCAGGACAAGAAGUAGGAAUUAGUUUGCAACAGGAAGGACUGUGUGGGGGAAGUGUGCAAAGCAGUGCAAGGGAAUUGGUGGGGGGUAAGACUGGCUGCAAGCAGAGGGAAGAAGUCCAGGGCAAAGCUGUGCCCAUUGACAAAUCUGUCCAGCUCUGGCAGCGAAGCAAAAUUAAAAUCAUGCUAUAAGUGGAUUUGCUUGCUGCGGAGAGAGUAAAAAGUGAAAGUGGGGCUAGAGAAAAUCUUACCAUGGCUGACAUUUGCCUCCAUCAAGCAGCAAACACCUUGUGCAUAAUUGGCCACUGUGUAAUUUUAAGAUAAUCUACAGUACCUGAAGAACCAUCCUGUUCUAUAUGUUUCUAGCUAUUCCUUAAGAUCAUCAUUUGAGGCCCUGUUUCUGUGAUGAGGUGAAUAGCAGAUAGAAGCUUACCAUUUUCAGUAGUAGCAUAUAAUUUUGGAAUGCUCACCUUCUCAAUACCUGAAUGGCUCCAGAUCCGCUGUCUGUGUUGUUGGUAAAGAUAUUUGUUGGCUCAAUUAGUGGUUCCCCUCCUCUGUGCCCUCCAUAAAGUUUUGAUUUGAAGUCUGCUGUUUUAAAUUGUUUCUGCUAAAUUGCCGAUUUUUAAUGUUCUGUAUUUUUAAAAUGCUUUUUGUGAAUUAGGUAUUUUAUGACUGUACUUUUAAUGGUUUUAAUAUAUUAGCUGCCCAGGAACAACUUUUUGGUUGAAAAGUAGGAUACAAAUAUUUAAAUAAAC